AGCGCACGUUUACAGCUGCCGCUCGUGUCCGGGGCCUCCAUAACCUCAAGUGCUCAAGUGAACCAGCGAAGUUCAUCCAGAAACACCUGAAGUUCCUUCAGUUCUUAUUAACAAAUCAAUAGUAUUGCUUCAACCCCGCGGUGAUUAACAUUAUUAAUCGAUCAUGGGUAAGGAGAACGACACGGAAAGCCCGAAGAAACGCAGAAAAUCGAUCAGCAGCACUAGCAGUAGCACCACAGGGAAAGACAACGACAUGUACAAAACAAUAAUAACCUUCGAGGAGCAAGAGGCGACCUCUCGUUCACCGGACCAAGACUCGGAGAAUUUUUUCUCCACCUGCGACAUAAUCCGCAAUUCAAUGGAAAAAAUAUCGAAAUUAAAAUCAACUGAUGAGGCAACAAGUAAAGAUGAGAUACGUGAGUUGAUGAUUGAUACAUCACUUGCAUUCAUUGAGUUGAAAAAAUUAAACAGAAUGGAGAAAUUCAGGACUAAAUUCGCAAGGGAUUCAUUGACCUCAGCUAAAAUGGGUGUUGACAGUCGUCAUCUCCAGCUGCAAAAUCUACUUUACGAAGUUAUGCAUCUGAAGAAGGAAGUUAUCAAGUGUUUGCAGUUCAAGUCCAAGGAUGAAUCAAUUGAACUUGUCUCAGAGGAGGAGUUCUUUAAGGAGGCGCCGGAGAGCAUUUCGAGACUGGAAAUAACAAAGACAGACCCCCACCAGCUUCGCCUGGCCCGCCUGGAAUGGGAGUUGACUCAACGAAAACAACUCGCCUCCCUCUGCGACGAACUCUCAGAGAGCAAGAAGGCAGUGGCCGCCAGUAUCUCCACGAAGCAAUCUCGACUGGAUAAUCUAGCUCCUCAACUUCGUUCGAUUCUCGAGUCGUCGAAGCCCCUUCAAGAGAGCCUGGGUCUCCCCCUAGACAAGAUCCAUCAGGAGCAUCAGAAAGCCUCCCUCCUGCCAACCCCUCUCUAUGUCCUCUACUUGAAGGCUACAGCCUACAGAGACGCCUAUGAUUCUCAAUUGAUAGUCUCGGUGGAAGGGGAUGAAGAUGAGGCGAAGAGGAUUAAUUCCCAAGAAGGAACCAAUGACUCAGACUCUGACCAAGCAGAGGAAGUUCCCCCGGAGGAGGCGCCAGUCCACAAAAAACGCCACCACAGGAUCUCGAAGGAAGCGAGGAUGGAGGAGAAAAAGUCACGAGUCCUCCAGAGGCACCCCCUCACCGUUCAGUUGAUCCUGACGAUAAAGAAUCAGACAAAAAUGAGUCUCAAGUUUCUCUACAUGACUCUCCUAAAGAUCGUGACAGUCGAGUCCCACCUGACUGCUGAGGAUGCUGGACCCUCUGCUGGGGACAUGCUCAUGUCAGAGUCAGUCCUCAGGGAGCUUUACCCCAAGGACUUCGGGGUCGAGUCGCCCAACCCUGCGAAUUCUUAUCAGUUGUCCAGACAGAAUUUGGGGAAUUUCAGUACUCUUGGGGUGGGGAUUCCCUACAAGUGGGCCCAGAGGAUGGCUGGACUGCAGUUUAUUGGGAAUGACGUCGGGGAGAAGACCAAAGUUGACGUGAAAGUUGCUCAUGACAGUGUGGAGGAGGUCCUCAAGGAGGUGAAGAAGAGGGUGAAGGCUAGGCUGGAGCUCUGCGCCGAGAUCAGGAUGCUGGAGGGGGGAAAUUUCCCAGUGUUCGGGGGGGAUGUGCCUAUGAAGAUUGGGACCAUGCUCGUGAGGUUCGGCGCCCUGAGGAGGGGCGAGGAGAGGGGGGAGCUGGGGUAUGAGGCUGUGCUCAGAAGGGGAAGCAGUGAAUUAGUUGCACAAAUAACUAUAAAACCAGACUACCCGAAGGUAUCUCCAAUCUUCAGUAUCAAAAUCAACCCUUCUGUACCAUCAUCGGCUGAUAUAAUCAGGGAUAUGGAGCGUGAGAUAAACGUCAUGUGGGAUAAACCAGCAAAUCUGUCUGCAAAGGUCCAGAGACUUCGGGCUUGCUUCGACAUUUACCUGGAGACUGAGGGCAUGGCGCCCAAAGAGAAGGUCUUCUUUCAUCCAGUCAAGGGACGAACUCGAGCCAGACCCUACAAGUACCUGCCACUGGGAGGGGGGAUUUUCACACAACGUUGAAUCGACUUUUCUACUCUAUUACCAUUUUUUCAAGUGUACAAAUUAUAAACAGUACCGAUAAGUAAAUAAAUACAUUGAUUGAUAAAAAAGUAAAUAAAUCGAUUGUAAACCGA